AUGUCCAGUAAACCCGAUUUUGUCGUCGUCCCUGGUGCUUGGCAUAGUCCUGACUCUUUCUCACCCACAACCACCCUCCUCACCAAAGCCGGAUACGACGUCCACGGCGUCGACUUACCCACCGUCGGAGCCGAUCCACCCCUCAAAUCGUUCGACCCUGACGUACUCGCAAUUAGAGACGUCGUCAACAAGGUGCUAUCUACCGGUAAAGAUGUCGUAAUGGUUUUCCAUUCGUAUGGUGGUGUUGUCGGCUGUGAGGCACUGAAAGAGUAUGUGAAUGAGCACGAGACUGGCAAAAGUGGAGAGCAGGGCUGGGGGAAGAUUCGACGUUUGGUGUUUGUGGCGGCAUUUGUCCUGCCGGAGGGAGGGAGUUUGAUGGCAGCGUUAGGGUUUAAGCCAUUGCCGUGGUUUGAGAUUGACGGCGACGCAAUUAAUCCCGGGAACCCCAAAGAGAUCUUCUACAAUGAUCUCUCGGAUUCGGAAGCGCAGAAGCACAUCGCUGCUCUGAAGCAACAUUCCUACCUGGCAUUUGCAUCGACAGUGACAGCUGCGCCUUGGAAGACUAUCCCCAGUACGUAUAUCCUGUGCGAGAACGACAACGCGAUUCCCUUGCCAGGACAGGAGGGCAUGAUCGCUGGCGCGAAGCAGGCUGCGCCAAAUUCAUUUGAUGUCGUUGAGAAAUGCAGUGCGAGCCAUAGUCCAUUUUUGAGUCAGCCGGAUUGGUUGGCGGAGAAGCUUGUUGAGAGUACGAAGUAG